AUGGGCGGACACGAAUGCGCCCCCGUCUACACCAAAGUCUCCCUCAUGUACAAAGGGAGGCGGAUGGGAGUGCUUGUUGAUACGCAUCGAGUACCUGAUUCUAUUCUUUCCUCUCUUGUAUCUGUCUCUUCCACUUCGUUAAUCAUUUUGCUCGUUGUCGUCGUAUUAGCGUAUAUCAAUGAAACAUUUUUGAUCUAUAUCAACUAUUGUUGCGGUUCUGUUAUGCUGCCCACGUGGCUUCUGUCAACGCAGUCCGACGCCAAUAUGUGGUCGACGUUGUUGGGUACCCACGGGUCGAAGAAGCAAUUCGAAGUAAUACCGUCUACCAUACUAGUUUAA